UUUUUUUUUUUAAUACAUACUUUAGUUUUUUUAUUCCCUUAAAAUUAAAUUAUACAUAAAUGCAUCAAUCAGAAAAUUUAGAUUCGAUACCACAACCUAAUUUACGUUUAGUUGAGACAAAGUCACACGCGCUUCACUAUGGCUGGGUAUUUUGGUUCAUGCAUCGAUCUCCAGGAGAGAAGAUUGUAAAUUAUGAAGGCGCAAUGAAAAAAAUUGCCACUUUUAAUACGAUCGAAGAAUUUUGGGCAGUUUAUAGUCGUCUUCGUCGUCCAAAUGAAUUACCAAAUAUUAGUGAUUAUCACUUAUUUAAAGAAGGGGUUAGACCCGUAUGGGAAGAUGAGGCAAAUAUUAAUGGUGGAAAAUGGAUAGUUCGAGUGAAGAAAGGAUUAGCUAAUCGAUACUGGGAAUCGUUAGUAUUGGCUAUAAUUGGGGAUCAAUUUGAUGUUCAAGAUGAAAUUUGUGGUGCAGUUUUAUCUAUAAGAGGUUCAGAAGAUAUUAUUUCUGUGUGGAAUAAAACUUCUUUUGAUGGAAAGAUUAAUCUCAAAAUUAGGGAUACCAUUAAGAAACACUUAAAUUUACCAGCAGAAACGACAAUGGAAUAUAAAACACAUAAUGAUGCUCUAAGAGACAAUUCUAGUUUUCGUAAUACGGAUGUUUUCCGAUAAAGAUAAUAUAUUAAAUCGAAUACGUUGUAAUCUUGCUUCUAAGGGAAGAGAAAGUAAAGAAAAAAAAAAGAUAUUAUUUCUAUUGUAUAUAAAUGUGUUCAAUAAGAGUGAUAAAAGUAUAA